AUGGAUGAAUAUAUAACAUCGAAUCGAGAUUUGAUCAAAGCUAUAGAUUGUAUUCCAGUCCCAGAUAUUACAGUAUCUUCGCUAUCUUAAUAAUCAGCAAGAUUGACCAAGAAAGAGAGUUCCAUCACUAAGGAUUAAGUCAUGAAAAUCUUUAAAAAGACCCAACCUCAAGAAUAAACAGCCAUCUAAACCAAGGCAAAUCUAUACCUGAAUGCUUUUAAUUAACAUGAGCCUCAGGAUUUCCUUAAUAAGGAGAAGAUUAGCAAACAUACCUAAUAAAAGAAUCUACUUCAUCAAAUUUCCUAGUUGCAGUAGUAGGUUGACCAUUAGAGGAGGGAAAUCGAAUCUUAAAUCAAUCAAAUUGCACUUUUGAAUAAGCAGACUGACAAUUUAACCAAUGAAAUUCAGGAAAAGAAUCAAAAAUUAUAAAUGAAUGCCCAGACGAUUUAACAGUUGUAGACAAUCAAUAUUCAAUAACAAUAGAUAAUAGAAAAUUUGUCACUCGAAAACGAGUAUAAAAAAAAAUUCAAUAAAAUGUGUAACUAAAAAGAGUCAGAAUCUAUUACUGAAUUAAAAUCCAAAAUAUAAAUUCUUGAAUCUGAAAUUAAUAAAACAAGAGCCACAUUCACUUUAUUUUCACCCAAAAAUGAAACAUUUUAAUCAGAAACUUACUCUUUAAAAAAUAAAACAUUUGAUCCAGAAUUAUUAAGUGAGGAUGAAACAUUGACAAUGCUUUUAAGUUUACUCAAUAGAGUUUCAAAAAGUUCCAGGAUGACUGCAAUCUUACAAAAAAAUGCAGACUUUAAAAAAUUAAUCAAAUUCAAAAGAAACCAACCCAGUGUCAAUAGAUUGUCAAUUGUCUAAAAUAAUAAAUCUGUGGAACGUCAGUCAUCCUGUAAUUAAGAGUAUUUCAAUAAAUUGAUAAAAAGUUAAGCAAUAAAAUUUAAUUGA